AUGGCCGCUCGCGAGCCCCUCUCCGACGUCCUGCCCCCCCUCGUCCUCGGCACCGCCACCUUCAACACGCAGUACCACCCGGACCCGGCCGCCAUGCCCUACGCGGCCAUCGUCCGCCGCGCCCUCGAGCUCGGCGUCGCCGCCUUCGACACCUCGCCCUACUAUGGACCCUCGGAGCGCCUGCUGGGGGACGCCCUCCGCUCCCUCGAGCCGCCGCCGCCGCGCGAGGGCUACUUCCUCGUCACAAAGGCCGGUCGCGUCGCCGCCGCCGAGUUCGACUACUCGCCCGCCUGGAUCCGCUACAGCGUCUGCCGCAGCCUCGACCGCCUCGCCACGCCCUUUCUCGACCUCGUCUACGCCCACGACGUCGAGUUCGUCUCGCCCGACGAGGUCCUCGCCGCCGUCGGUGAGCUGCGUCGCCUCCGCGACGAGGGCCGCAUCCGCUACGUCGGCAUCAGCGGCUACCCCGUCGAUGUGCUCGCCUCCCUCGCCGCGACGGUGCUCGAGCGGACCGGCGAGCCUCUGGAUGCCGUCAUGUCCUACGGUCACUUCACCCUCCAAAACGCCACGCUCGGCCGCGCCGACCUGCUCCGUCGCUUCCGCGAGGCCCGCGUCGGCUGCGUCCUCAAUGCCAGCAUGCUCGGCAUGGGCCUCCUGACCACGAGGGGCGUCGACGACGGACCCAUGGCGACCUGGCACCCCGCGCCGCCGGCCCUGCGGGGAGCCUGCCACGAUCUCGCCGCCAUGGCCGCCGAGCGGGGAGAGCGCCUUGAGGAGGUGGCCAUCCGCUGGUCCCUGGACGGCUGGGCCCGCGCCGGCGAGCCCUUUGGCACCACGGCGUACCCCGCCGCCGCGCUCUCGGAUGCCGCCGUGGGCGGGGACGAGCGGCCGGCGCGCAUCGGCGUCAGCGUCAUGGGCGUCUCGGCCGUCGAGGAGCUCGAGGAGACGUGGCGUCUGUGGACGAGCGCCGUCGGGCUCGCCGCCGCGCCGAGGAGGGACGACAUCGCCGCCCUCGUGCGCGACGUCAUGCGGCCGAGCCUCGGCGCCUGGAAGGACUAUUCGUGGGAGAGCGGGGGCGAGGCCUUUGUGAACACGAGGCAGGUCCACGGUGCCGUUCCCCACGACGACGUGGCCGAGAAAUGGGCCUUGCUGUCGACGGAGGCCGUCGACGGCUCCGAGAGCCAGCAUUUGCCCCGGGCCAUCCGAUGCCUCGACAGCCACAGCGGCCUCAAGGCGGGCAAGGGAAGGAGCGCCAAGCAAGCAUCAAAGCAGCUCGUCGACCAAGAUUUCGUUGGAUUGCCAGCCGUGCACCGUGGCUCCUCGGUCAUGGCGAUGCCCUGGAGCAUCAAUCCGAAGACGGUCUUGCCGUGCCCCUGCAGGGAGCGAGGCCCAAGACAGCCGACACGACACGAGCAGUCAUCCGCAUCUUGGGGACACCUCCCGUCAGUGACGGGGGACAUUUCCGAAAUCAGCAUGGAGUGGGGUGCAUUCGGUGCGACGGGCUGUCGGAAUGCGUGGUCACUCGAAACAGGCAGAGGAAUCCUUGCUAUACACCGCCAGCUUUCUCGCCGCCUCGACUUUCGACAUGGAACCCCGUUGGCCUUGCUUCUCACCAUCGUCGAGUGUGCCUCAUUGUCCGCAUCUACUCCGUACCUGGAUCACGCUGUUGACGUCGUCAUGUCAUCGCAUGCCGGAACGAGUGGCAAGUGCACGCCCCGUCCCCGCGGCAGCCUCGUCGACUUCGGCCCGUCGCCAACGCUUCGACGCCAAAAACCUUCCCAACCAGCCUGCCCGAACCACAAGGUCCGGCUCAUGGCGGGAGGACGCAAGUCCAAGGCCUCCGGUCCGGUGCGUCCGUCGAGCACGCUCAUCCUCGACAACGGCGCCUACACGAUAAAGGCGGGCAUCCUCGGCGACGCCGGCACCCAGGGCCCUCGCGUCGUUCCCAACUGCAUCGCGCGCGACCGCGCUCGGAAAAUCUACGUCGCCUCCGAUGUGGAAAAGUGCCGAGACUUUGGCGAGCUGCAGUUCCGUCGUCCCGUCGAAAGGGGCUUCAUCGUCCACUGGGAAGCCCAAAAGGAAAUCUGGGACCACCUCCUCUUCGACGACAAGGCGCCGCUCAAGUGCGACGCCAGCGAGACCCGGCUGAUACUCGCCGAGCCGCCCGGUGCUCUUCCGGUGCUGCAGACCAACUGCGACCAGGUCGUGUUCGAAGAGUACGGCUUCGCGAGCUACUACAGGGGAUUCGGACCGGCCUUCAACGCCUACCACGACAUCCAGCGCUUUUUCCACGCGCCCCGAGACGUUCCCGCCACCGCCGAUGCGGCCGUGCCCGCCGACCUGCUUCUCCUCGUCGAUUCCGGCUACUCCCACACGACCGUCACGCCGCUCUUCCGCGGCCGACCGCUCCACGGUGCCGUGCGCCGGCUCGACGUCGGCGGCAAGCUGCUCACCAACUACCUCGCGCGCCUGAUAUCCCUGCGGCACUUUGACGUUCGCAACGAGACGUACAUUGUCAACGAGAUGAAGGAAGCCGCCUGCUACGUCUCGGCCGACUUCAAGUCGGACCUCGACAAGACGUGGAAGGGCACGCGAGGGGAGAAGCGCCACGACUACCUGACGGGCGCCGGCAUCGUCAAGGAUUACGUCCUGCCCGACUUCCACUCCAAGACCAAGGGUGAGCUCCGCGACUACGACCCGACGAGGCAUUCCAAGGCGAAGAAGCUGGCCGCCGCCGGGCCGUCGGACGAGGAUAUCCUGACGCUGCGAAACGAGCGCUUUGCCGUUCCGGAACUUGUCUUUUCCCCGUCCGACAUGGGAAUGCGACAGCCCGGCCUCGCCGAACUCGUACAGCAGUCGCUGGGCCAAGUCCCCAUCGGCCUGUGGCCCGGACUGCUGGCCAACAUGGUCGUCGUCGGCGGCAACUCCCUCUUCGACGGCUUCGUCCAGCGCCUGCAGAAGGAGGUCGUCCAGCGCGUGCCCGACGACUGCGUCGUUCGCGUCGCGAGGCCCGAAGACCCCAUCACGAGCACCUGGACCGGCGCCGCCAACAUGGCCGGCCACGUCAACAUGGAGAGCCUGGCCGUCUCCAAGCUCGAGUACGAGGAGCUCGGGUCCGCCCUCGUGGCCCGCAAAUUCGCCACGGGAAUCGGCGUGCCUUGA